CCCUUAUCCACCCAGAAUAGAGUUUUUUGUCUUGAGGUCCCUAUAUGGAUGUGUUAGAGUGAGAGAUGGAGAUGAAGUCUGUCUGUGCUCCUUGUUUGGGAAGCUGGUGGGAGGGGAACAAACCUUCAGACUAUAUAGUCAAACAUUUUGCAGAUUACCAGUGCACCAUCCCGGAGCAGACUAACCCCAGCAAAGCAGGGUAAGUAAAAGCCUAUCACAAGUGGGUGUAACAUGCCUUGCGUGUAUACUGUGGUCCGUUAUAUUGUAUCAGUACAGGUUCUUUAGCAACCAGCCUUAAUAGUACACAGCCACAUUACAAUACCUAGUCAUUUUAAUAUAUAUAUAUAUAAUGCAUUCAUUUUAUUUGCAGAUUUUAAAGUGGUUUGAAUAUUGAAUUGCAUUAAAGUUUUGAUUUGAUUUGAUUUAUUUUGCAAUUAAAUAUAUUGUGGCAUAUUGCAGGAAAGCAAUAAUUUGGUGCCAGAAGGGUUAAUGGCAAUCUGAGUUUUGUUAGAAAUUCUUUAAUAUGAGCUGCUUGUACUAUGAUUUGUGUUUAAGAUUGGAACCAGUCUACUAUUUUUUUUAUUCUUGGAAAUAUAAAGCAGAUGUUCAACUAUUUCCCUUUCUGCGAGAUGAAAUAUUAACGCAAUUGGGCAUUUAUUUUCUUAGUUAUAAUAAGGAAUAAUGGGACAUUUAGAUCUGCAUUUUGUAUGUAUGUAGUAUGCAUGGGUUUAACCAGUUAGAACAUUAACUUGUCAUUUAUCAAGCAGACAAAUGCAUGGUGCAACAAGACUGCUGGAUUUGUUAAGAAAACAAUGUUUUGCUGUCUGAGACUUGUCUAUCCCAGGCCUGUUUAGUAAAAGUUUGACAGGAGAUAUCACUGUGUCCUCUGAUCGGAGAGAUUCCAUGUUGGUUCGGUGGGCUAUUGCUAAAUAAGGAUUCCCUGUGAACAAACUCAGUAAAUGAUAACUUUCCACAGGCCCCUCCCCACAGUCUAUUUUUUGGCUCAAAGAAAGCCUGAUUUGGUGUAUGAACAAAACCCCUGACCUGGAAUUCUGUUCCAAAAGCAGGCAUCGGACAGACUAUUUCCUAAUUAGGAAAUGGCUCGUUCUAAUUCAGUCACUUCAUUCAUUGUAAAAGCAAUAACCGCAAAUCAAACUGCUUCAGAUAUGACAACGGAUUUUUUUUUUCUUUCUUCAAGCUUAAAGGGAAAAAAAAAAGUUACUUUUAUUUUUUUCUCCUGAGGAAAAAAAAGCAAAAUAUUAACAUUGAAUCUAUGAAUGAAGUUACUUAAGGACAGAAAACUACAAAUACCAGUUUCCAAAAGUUAUUGAUUGUUAAAUGCUUAACGCUUGCUUUCUAUUUUAUUUCAGUGAGUUUAUUGCAAAGCCUAGAUCUUUUUUUUAUUAUAUUUUUUUAAUGUUUCCGUAAUGUUCUAAUAAUUGUUGGUGUAAAGAGGGUGUGACCAUUUUGGCAGGUGUUUCACUAUAGCAACACCAAGUCAUUGGCCAAGAGUAAUAGGAGUUUUAGUUCAACUAAAACCUGGAGCACUGCUAUAUCCCAGCCUUCAAGGUUUUCAGUUCCAUGUCAAAAUAAUCUUACUGGUUAUUUCUGAAAAAUCGGAUUUAGGAGUCAUUUGCUAAUUGAAGCAUCAGUGCUUCAGUUAACCAUAUAUUUUAACACAACAGAUUACAGAAUUACAGAAUCUAUUCAUAUUUUGCAGGAAACUCCACCAUUUGGAUAAUUGUCUAUUGCAACAAAGUAUUGUAGUUUUGGUACUGUAGAAUUUGUGAACUGCAUCUUCUAAUGAUGCUUAGAAAAAACGAAAGGCCCCAUAAAUGUUUAGUCUUUUGGCAUCAUCAUGGAUAAGAAUUUAACUACGUAAUUCUAGCGUUUUAUUAACAUGUGGAUUUGAUAUUAGUUAUCUUUAAAAAAAAAAUAAUGUUAGCCAAUUUAAGGGUUUUCUUGGAAAGGUAGAGGAAAACAGAAUCCAUUUCGCCUUCUCGUGUGGAGAUCUUUAAAAGCAGUCUGGAACAUUUAACUUUUGGCUGAUUUUAAAACAAAUUAGACUUUGCUUGAAGAAAAUCAUGGCAUUAGUGCUUCUAUAUUACUGUAAUUGGUUUUAAGGACUAAUUUUUUUUAUCAUCAUCAUCAUUAUCUUGGUAAAAUCCAGUAUGGAUGUUUUCUCAAUUUUGACAUCUACCAAGCCAAGGUUAAAAGGACACUCCACUGCCCAAAUAUUUUUUUUAUAAAUCACUGUUUAGUAGAUUUACCCAAAUAAAAACAUGUAUGUAUUUCAUGAUGCACUUGUUCCUUUGGGAUAUAUCUAAAAACAGCUUGCAACUACUGCAGAUCUCUUGCCUGCUGCUUUUGCAAGCCUUCCCUUUCUAACCCUGCCCGGACUUUCUGUGGCUGUCCAACCACGGACUUCCCAAGGCAGGUGCUCUGAGCUAUUGCCUGCUUCUUCAGUUUACCUCCACGGAGCUAAUCAAACCAAGAAGUUACAAGACUGGUUGUCCCGAUUGACAGCCAUGGGAUGUCAUAAGAUGAAUUCAUAUAAGUGCCAAUUUCUAUUGAAAACUGAACUUUUUUGCUUAAGUUCUGUAGGCGUCUGAAGUGUCCCAUUAAUUGAAGCCCAUUACCAGGGACAGGCAGAGUGUGAAUAUCCCAUUAUGACCUUGAUCCAGAACAGUUAAAGUGACUAGAGUGUAGCAUGUCCUCAGAGCUCCACCAAAAUAAAUCAAACCUACCUAAAUUGAGCCUAUAAUCUGUGUCUGAGCUACAUCUUGCCCUGAAGCUAUGGAGAGGUAUAAUUCUAACAGAAUGUAAAAAAUAUCCUCGUAUUUACAUUACAUUAAAUAUUUGCUUUCUGUCUAGAUUUUUUUGGUUGAGAGGCUCAAGCAAGUUGAAAUAAAAAGAUGUGUGACGAGGAAGACACUACUGCACUGGUGUGCGACAAUGGUUCUGGACUUUGCAAAGCUGGCUUCGCUGGGGAUGAUGCUCCGAGAGCCGUAUUCCCUUCCAUUGUGGGUCGACCCAGACAUCAGGUAAGAAAGUGAAGGAACAGGAUUUAAAUCGAAAAACUUUGAACCAUGAAGCACGAUGCAAUAAUAUAUUCCUAUCUUCCUAAAUUAACUUUGCACCAGUUUGCAUAUGGUUUCUUCUUUGAUAGUGAUUUCCCAAGGUCAUGUAUCCAUAAUCAUAUUUAGCCUCUGUAGAGUUAAGUAAAUCCCUUUCUAUCAUACAAAAAAAACCCCCAAAAAACGACAUUGCCUUUUUACCUUAAGAGGUGAAGAUGGAUAAUAUGUUACCUUGAAUUGUUACUUUAUUUGUCCUCAUUUAGUAAUUAUCUUUGCAAAAUGUUAGUAGAUGGUAUAUUUUUGUACAGUUUUGCAAUGGUGAGUACAUUAACCAAUAGUUAUGUCCACAAAUGGAAAUAAUAUUUUGACCAAUGAUAUAAAAAUUUAAGCGUAAUGUAGGCCCAAUUGCUAGGUUGGGAAUGUAGAAGAAUUUGUUAUAUUUUGCUCUACAUUUUAUAAAAUUCCAUUUUUCCCAUCACCAUGCCUUACCAAAAUGUGUAUCAUGUACAGACAUUUCAUUACUAUAGCUUAAUAUAUCAAAACAUAAAAAGGACAGAGGAUCAAGACACAUACCCUACUUUUGUCUUGCUCCUGCCAUACCACUGGCUGUUGACCACGGAAACUUGAUUUUUUUUCAGUCUCUGUUUGAAAAAAAAAAAUAAAAAAAUAAAAAUCACAUUGUAAUUCAGACAUGAUUGUCAAAAUGUGGAUUGCUGCUGCAACAACAUACUUCAUAUUCUGAUCCUUCUUCUUUAAAAUAGGGUGUGAUGGUAGGUAUGGGUCAGAAGGACAGCUAUGUUGGAGAUGAAGCCCAAAGCAAGAGAGGUAUCCUGACACUGAAGUAUCCAAUUGAGCAUGGCAUCAUCACUAACUGGGACGAUAUGGAGAAGGUAGAGUUUACCAGUACAAAACAUAUACACAACAUAAUGAUGCAACAUUACACAGUAUAAUUUAUAUACUUUGAUAUUUAGCAAUUUGCAUUACACAUAAACAUACACCAGUGUGUGUUCUGAAUAGUGUGGCUGCAUGAUUUUAUUUAUUUCUUUGAGAUGCAUCUCACAAAUAUAUAUAUAUUUUAAAUAGUAAGUAUGAAUAAUUUAAGUUAUUUUAGCCAUAAUAGACAACUGGCUAAUAAGUGGUCAGAUUCCAUGUUUGUAACCUUGUGAAUUCUGUUUAGAUUUGGCAUCACAGUUUCUAUAAUGAACUGCGUGUGGCACCCGAAGAACACCCUACCCUCCUAACAGAAGCUCCAUUGAAUCCAAAAGCAAACAGAGAAAAAAUGACCCAGGUAAGAUUUAGGAAACGUGUGAGAUACAAGACAGAUGGAGGAUGACCUGUGUAGUCUGAGGUUUGCCUUGAGGUUAAAGAGGCACCUUGACAUAACAGUCUAUAUUAUAAAAAAAAAGACAAAGACCUUGAAAUAGUUUGCUAUAAGCUUUCCAAAUGAUUCAAUAUUUUUAAAUACAUUUUUAAAAUUAUUUAAUAUUCUGAAAAAUAUAUUUUGUUGUUUUUUUUGUUAUGUAUAUUAGGUAUCUUAUGAUUUUUUUUAUAUAUUGAAAAAAGAAAAAAAAUACAUUUUAAAAGUUUAUCUACAAAAACUAAAUCAUUUGGAAAGCUUAUCUAAAAAUAGAGACCACAGUUAACUCUAUUGGUGACUUCUGUACAUAAUUCAUUUGGAAAGUUUUUUUAACAGUAUUGAAUAAUUUGGAAAGCUUAGUAAAUUGAGGUCUAUGUGUUUCAAUAUAAAAGGACACUAAAAACUCUUGAAUUACUACGUAACCAUGGUGAUCCAUUAAUUUUAUAAUUUUUAUGUUGAACAUAAUCUUAUUUUUAAAGAAUCUGGAAGUUGUAAAUAUAUAGUAAAAACUACAAACAAGAAAGUCAUUCAAUAAAUCUAUAGUAAAAAAUACAAACAAGAAAGUCACUCAGUAAAUUACAUUUCCCAUUGUCAUUUCCAGAUAAUGUUUGAAACCUUCAACGUACCAGCAAUGUAUGUUGCUAUUCAGGCGGUGCUCUCUCUCUAUGCUUCUGGACGUACAACUGGUAUGAUUUCAAUAAACCUUCUUGAAAACGUUAUAUUGAGUAAUUCUACAAGUAAAGAAAAAAUUGAUACAGGUUUCAUGUUGGCUUCCUUCGAAUAGGUAUCGUACUUGACUCUGGUGAUGGUGUCACCCACAAUGUACCAAUCUAUGAAGGAUAUGCCCUCCCUCAUGCCAUUAUGCGUCUUGACCUGGCUGGCCGUGACUUAACAGACUACCUCAUGAAGAUCUUGACUGAACGCGGCUAUUCCUUUGUAACUACUGGUAAGUUGGAAAGCCUUGCUCAUUUCUUUGUAUAUCUGUAUGUCCUAGUAGACAAUUUAUGAACAAAAACACACAACAGAGUUGUCAUCUGCAACACCUGGCUUUCUAGUUAUAACUGAAGCUCAAAAGUUAACAUACUGGGAUUUUCUUUUUUUUUCCUGCCAAUAGCUGAACGUGAAAUUGUCCGUGACAUCAAGGAGAAGUUGUGCUAUGUGGCCCUGGACUUUGAAAAUGAAAUGGCUACUGCUGCCUCUUCGUCCUCUCUUGAAAAGAGCUAUGAACUUCCGGACGGUCAGGUCAUCACAAUUGGCAAUGAGCGUUUCCGUUGCCCUGAGACACUUUUCCAGCCAUCAUUCAUUGGUGAGUUUAUAAACCAGUAUUGAAACAAUUCAGGUUUAUGGGUUUGGUUUUUAAUUUUUGACAAAUGCAUUACAUGAAGACUUAAUGCAUAGUUUAAAUCAACCAUGAGGCAUUUUUUCUUUAAGUCACCUUUCUAAAACAGGUAUGCACUGGACGAUAAAGUUACCAUUUUAUAUAGAUCUAUUUAAAAUCUUAAAAGGUAUUGGAAGAAAUGGGUACAAAUCUAGUGCAAAAAAUGGUAACAAAUCUGCAAUAUAGGUCAAGGGACCGGAAGAUUAAAAUACAUAAAUUUAAAUAGAUUUUUUUGCAUAUAUACAUUGGGAAAAAAUAUAUAUAUAUAUAUAUAUAUCUAUAUAUAUAUAUUUUAAUGAAAUUAUUUGACUUACCUGGGAAAUCAUCUUUCACACAGGAAUGGAAUCUGCUGGCAUCCAUGAAACUACUUACAACAGUAUCAUGAAAUGUGACAUUGACAUCAGAAAGGAUCUCUAUGCUAACAAUGUACUGUCAGGAGGUACCACCAUGUAUCCUGGCAUUGCUGACAGAAUGCAGAAAGAAAUCACCGCUUUGGCACCCAGCACAAUGAAAAUCAAGGUAUAUACUCGCCAUCAUUGUAUGCAUGACAAGGUUCGACAAACCUUGAAAAAUAUGUUGUCAAAACUAGAAGCCAAACACAAUAUUGUGGAACAUUGGAUUGACAUUUAUAGAUCUUACAGCACCAGCAUACAUCACAGACAUUACAGUUUCACAGAGGUGGAUGAAUAGUCUAAAUUAAUUUUGAAACAUGUAUAGAAAAGGCUCUCGCAAGACUAUAAAGCCUUGUAAAACUUUAUAACUGCAAUUGAUUAUUUAAUGGUCUUCAUGUCAAUUUAUUUAUUUAUUUAUUUUUAAUUGAUCUUUUGGUCACUGACUUUUUGGUCACAAACUUCCACCAAAAGUAUAUUAUUAUAUUUAUAUAAGCAUUUCAAAUAGUCACAAUCUGUUGUUAAAAAAAAAAAAAAGUUUUCAUAUUAUUGACCUACAAACAUUCCCAUAGAGUUUAAUGGUGAUUUCUGUAUCUAAAAGUUUUUCUAUCAGAUUGUGAUAAUUUGAAAUAUUAAAUAAAGUCCUAAAUUAGCUACAAUUGAUACAUUUCUAAGUCUCUAAAUCAAUCACCCCUCCUCUAAGACCUGUUUGUGUAUACAAGUCUUGCAUUGGAAACUUGCAUCCAAUGUCCCUUUUUCUUUACACUUUAAGAAGUAUAAGAUUUUUCCUUUAGCUAUUUUUUUUGUAACUAUUACAUUAGCAAAUUAUAACUCUGUAAUGGUAUAUCUCACACAUUGUUUCUUUGUCCCUUUUAACCAGAUCAUUGCUCCCCCUGAACGCAAGUACUCUGUCUGGAUUGGAGGCUCCAUCCUCGCCUCUUUGUCUACCUUCCAGCAGAUGUGGAUCAGUAAACCAGAAUACGAUGAAGCCGGACCCUCCAUUGUUCACCGCAAAUGCUUUUAAAAUUUUCUGUCUCCUUUUAUAUUAUUAUUAUUUUCAAUUCCAAUAUAUUAAGUGUACCUUGAAAAGUACAUGCCCACCAUUUCAUUCCAAAAAUAUGUUAUAUGCUCUGAUUGGAUACAAAUCUAUUUUUUUGUUUUUUGUUUUGUUUUUUGAUUAAAGCUUAUGCUACCAGUUACAGUUCUUGUUUUUAAGUGUGUGUGUUAUUUGAGCACCCUCUAGUGGAAUGUUAAAGGACGUACAAAAACAAGGCCUAAUUACUAUGAAUUAUGGUUGCAAAUAAUACAAAGCCAUUAGUCUUCCAAAAUGCUUCUCAUAUAUCCAUUAAAAUAUACAAACACCAUUAUAAGACACAUUAAUACAAAUGUCACUUUUGCCUCAAAACCUUGAAAUCAGACGAGUGCUUAUAGAAGCCAUAUGCGGUCUGGUAAAUAUAGAACAUAGGACUUUUUAAAAUCUAAUCAGGAUAUUCCUUACAUGCUUUUGUUGAAAUGUUUUUUUUCUAUCAAAACACCAUUUCUGUAAUAUACAUGUAUUACUUUUAGCAUGGACAGAUCUUGUAAAUCUUGUG